AUGGGCGAAGAAUGGAUACAUCAGGGUGGAGGCACGGUUAACAUUGCGGCAGAAGACAAUGGGGAUAGGCCGCCAGGUGGGAACAGCAAUGGAGGUAGUCCCCAACGAGAGUACGGCACUGGUGGCAGGCCGCCAGGAGGAAACAGCACCCGUAGUAGGCUGCCAGGAGGGAACAGCAACAAUGGUGGACAAGGUGGGGGCAGAAUGUUACGCACACGGCAAAUCAUGCAGGACGUAUUACCCAGAGUGCUUCAACAAGGUACAUCAAGUCAACCUGGCAUCACUUGGAUAAACAUUACGUCAGAGAGAUGGCUGUCGUACAGCAAUUCAAGCUCAGAGUGUGACUGGUUCUCAACGGCAACCAUUAGAGGACAUGAGGCUUGUGGAGGAAACAAUAUUUUGACGUUCCUUGGUGUCGUGCAAAACAAGCUUCAGGGUUCGCUGCCUGGGGAGCUGGGGUUGCUAACAUCCUUAGAAGUUCUUGACAUAUCUCGAAACUCCAUUGGUGGCAAAAUCCCAACAGAGAUCUUUGCCCUGCCAAAUCUUCGGGUGUUCUCAUUGUUCCGAAAUCAAUUACAAGGAACAGUUCCAUCUGAAAUUGGUGUCCUCUCAAACUCACUAGAAGAUCUUUCACUAAUUGAGACUGAACUUACAGGGUCGGUACCCCAAGAACUCUUCAUGUUAUCCAACCUGAGAAAGCUUCGACUUAGUACCACUCGUCUUAUGGGAUCACUUCCCAGUGAUAUUGGCUUUCGCUUGCCACGGCUAAAUCAACUAGACUUGACCAGAAGUCCAUUUGGUGGAACCUUACCGCCUUCAAUUGGCCUCUUGACUGCAAUGACGCAACUUGGGUUCCAUAACACUGAACUCUCUGGUAGCCUUCCCACAGAGCUUGGUGGGUGUGCAAGCCUGGAACGUUUGCUUGGACAGGAAAGUAAUCUUUCUGGUGCUUUGCCUUCAGAGUUGGGGGUGCUAACUGGCCUACAGACAAUCAAUGUGCAAGGAAACCCAGGAUUGAUUGGGACUAUCCCCAUUGAGUUUAUAUCAUUGAACAGGACACUUUUUUCUUUUAGAAUCGGUGGAACCUCCAUUACUGGAACUAUUCCACAGGAUAUGUGUGGGAUCAAUCAUCUUAGCUUUGAUUGCUCUGAGUCCCUGUGUGGCUGUGAUUGCGCUUGCCCAGAGGCUUAG